AUGAUGCAAGAUGUGGAACCACUCCUGGCCGCGUUGGAAUAUUCCGACCGGUUUCACAGGUCGGUGGAGGAGGAAAGAAGGAAGGGAACAUAUAAAGAGGAUAUCAGUCCUGCAAUAGCCGGUCCCAGAGUUAUCCCAAAGAGAAAGGUCAUCGUGGAACCAGCUGUGUUAUUGUACUUCCUGGCAGGCUCUGCUUGUGGCCCAUUGACGACACUAUACAUGUACCAAAGAGUCGCUGAAAGUGGUGUCAACUUAGAGCAGCUCAUCCAGCAAGAAGCCGCCAGAUGGAACAUGUAUCUAGGCAUUGCCACUAUGUUCCCAAGCGUGAUCGCCACCAUCAUCUUUGGAGCACAUAGUGAUAAAGCAGGACGGGUUCCAUGCAUUCUCUUACCCUGUAUAGGCGGAGCACUGGCUCUCGGUAUUAAUGCCAUCAUCAUAUUUUUAGACCUCCAACUGUAUUAUAUGUUGAUCAGUAACUUUGUGUCGGGGUGUUUUGGCGGUUACACCACAUUGCUGUUAGGUUCGAUGGCUUAUGUAGCUGACACAACCACCGAGGAUCAGCGGGCAUUCAGAAUCUUCGUCAUAGAUGGCAUGCUGAUGUUCGGAGCCGCAUUGGGGGAAGUAGGGGUUGGGUACUGGAUCCACGCCAGUCCUAACUUUCUGUGGCAGACCGUUGCCAUUACUGUAAUGUUUUUCGUAGCUGGGCUGUACGCGUUUUUCUUCAUCCCCGAGACAGUCAUCAAGGACCCCUCUGCUCGGUUAUUGGAUAAGAGGAACUUCACCGAUGUCUUCACCGUUUAUCUUCCCAAGAAAAGCGACCCGCAGAGAGCGUGGCGACUCCGCGUGCUCUUCGUCACGCUCUUGUUCGUAGCAACCGCGCAAUCGGUACAGGUGAACACCAUAGAGAUCCUGUACCAGAUUUCAGAGCCUCUCUGUUGGACGUCUGUUCUAGUAGGGAUUUACCUUGCCUGUGUGACGCUGUUUAUGGCUAUUGGGGGUGUGGGCGGACUGUUCUCAAUGCAGAGGUGCGGUGUUCCAGAUGCCGGUAUUGCCAUGGUGGGCAUAAUGAGUGCGGUUGCCGCCAAAAUCUUGGAAGGAUUUGCCACAAAAACUUACAUGAUGUUUCUAGUUACCGUAGUUGGCAUGUUAGCACUUCUGAUCGUACCUAUGAUUCGAGCUAUGAUGUCCAAAGCCGUGGAUCCCAAAGAACAAGGAACACUGUUUGCCAGCGUAUCAUCUAUUGAGACGCUCUGUUCCCUUCUAGCCAACGUGAUCUUCAACUCUAUCUACUCCGCUACUGUGGCGAUCUACAAGGGAAUUGUCUUCUUCAGUAUAGCGGGCGUGUUUAUGGUGGCGUUUCUUAUUCUUGUGAUAUACAACAUCGGUGCCCGGACGCCAUCUUACGCAGAACUCAAGGAGAUCCAGGAGGACGAGGAAACGUUUAUCAGUGCAAAGUAUUUCAAGGAGCCAGUCUAUGGUUCGACGAAACCGGGAGGCGACUCGGGGCGGGGCACUAUCAGAGACACAUGGAGGGAGACAGAAGCAGAGUUUUAG